AUGCCUGAAAUUGAUCAAUCUUUCUUAAUGAACCAUACUUGUCUUCGGAUUAAGGACCCUAAGGAAUCACUUCCAUUCUAUACUGAUAUUCUUGGCUUCAAGUUGAUCAGAUCAAUAGAAUUUCCUGAUUUCACCUUGUACAUGUUAGGAUAUCCGGAUGCAGCAUAUGAAGGAAAGAAUUGGUCUGCUAGACCUGGGGUUUUAGAGUUAUGCCAUAAUCAUGGAGUUGAAAAGGACCCCGAAUAUAAGUUGAACAAUGGUAAUGGUACAACUUUUAGAGGGUUUGGGCAUAUUUGUAUAUCUGUUGAUAACAUUCAACAAGCAGAAAAGGAAUUUUUAUCUAAGGGAGUUCAAUUCAAAAAGAAGUUGUCUGAAGGUAGACAAAAGUAUAUUGCGUUUAUUUUAGAUCCUAAUGGAUAUUGGAUUGAAUUGAUUCAACAUGAAAUUGGAAAGAAACCAGAAACAACCAAUUCUCUGACUUAUAAAUUGAAUCAUACUAUGAUUAGAGUUAAAGAUCCUAAAAAGUCGCUUGAUUUCUACAGAAAUGUUCUUGGAUUCAAAUUACUUUCCACUAGUGAACACCCAGAUGCCAAAUUUACCUUAUACUUCCUUGGUUAUAAUCAUGAUGACAAGUUUGUUGAAGAUUCGAUGGAUACAGUUCCAAGAGCUGCUUAUGAAGGUAUUAUAGAAUUAACUCACAAUUGGGGUACUGAGUCUGAUGACUCCUUUGAAGGUUAUCAUAACGGUAACACUACAGAUAAUGGUGCACUUCAAGGUUAUGGCCACACUUGUGUUAGUUGUAAAGAUCCAGCUAAAUUAUGUUCACAAAUUGAAGCUGAAUAUCCUGAUGCCAAUUGGAGUUUAAAGUGGAAUCAAGGUAACAUUAAGCAAAUUGCUUUCAUUAAGGAUCCAGAUGGAUACUCUAUUGAAAUCUUGGGUCACAAUUUAUUCUCCAAGCUUUAG